AUGCUUAACUUUAGGCGGCCAUCUAUGCCCCCAGUCAGCACACUCAACGAGAAAUCAACCAAUGCCGAUGCCGAUGCCGAUGCGGCGGCCCUGAACUUCCACGAUCACAGCAUACCCUCCGAACCCCUCCCAUAUUGGCUGGUCAAUUUACCUCGGUCGCAAUGGACGGCCGAAUGUCCUAGCUUUCUACGUGAUCAAUCUCCAAAAAAUAUCCAAUGUCUCUCGACCCCUGAUCACCUUUAUAUCCGACAGGAUUGGGAGCAAGUGAAGGAGAUCACCAGUACCAACCAGAUUGAUCGGUUCCAGCGCGUCCCAAGCGAGCUGCGCAAGUAUCUGGAAUACAUGGCGUACAUCAAAGCGGAGUAUAGAUCCGUCAUGAGGUUUGUGGUCAAGGAAAGACUGGGUUGGGGGGAUGGCAAUUGGGAGGAUGUCAAGCCAAGAGGUGGUCCUUUUGAAUACGAGGAGGACAUCCGAAUCAUAUACAACGACUGGCCAUACGGUGUGGACAAAGACAUCAUCCACCUGGUAGUGUGGACCAAGUUCGACCUGGAAGAUGAUCCAACCACAGAUGACCUAACGGCAAGUGCCCGGGCAGCCAUAGAGAGCUAUGUGCAAGACACAUUUUGUUCUCGGGUACCAGCCGAACAGGUGGUCUGGUUCAAGAACUGGAAGUCACUGAAGUCUGUCCCCGGGAUAGAACACUUCCACGUCAUGCUCCAUCGUCCCGAUAUGGCAUUUGUUAGGGAGAUCACCCGUGGAGAUGUACCGCUGAUCGAACGGCUAUGA